AUGCCUACUAUGAAGACCACGGAGAUUGAGCAGGUGGUAGCCCCUCCGGUUUACACAAAGCAGGAAAUGGAGGCAGAACCACAGAUUCUUCAGCGCACGUGGGGCCUGGCAGCCCGUGUGGAUCCCAGCGUUACCUUUGAAGAAUAUGUCUAUUGGGCUCAGGUUGAACGCGCGGAAGAAGAAGAGGCAAACCGGCAGUAUAUUGAGGAACGCGGUCCCCUGACAGCAGGGAAGAUCAUAAAGAACCGUUUCUCCAAGGGUAUACACCAUGAGAAAAAGAAACAGCUGCACGAGGCAAGUGCGCAAAUCACCCAGGACUCUAACGAUACAAGUGACCCCAAUGAGUCGGAAAAGAAAGCCACUAUGGCCCUUAGCACAACGGUUUCGUCCUCCACAGUGUCGCAGGAGGAAUGGAAGACUGCUUCCAGAGCAUUAAGGACGGCUAGCUGGGGAACCAUCUUUUAUCUAAUUACGACGGAUAUUCUGGGCUGGAGUUCGUGCCCAUUUGUCUUCGCUAGUGUAGGUUGGGGACCCUCUGCCGCUCUGUAUGUUGUGUUCGGCAUAGCCGCUGGCUUCAGCGGCUGGAUCCUCUGGAAGGUGUUCCUAGCCCUCGAUUCCUCUCGGUAUCCUAUGAUCAGUUUUGGCGACACCUACUUUCGAGUAUACGGGCCCAAGUGGCGUCACUUCAUCAAUGUCGCCCAGUCAAUACAGCAGUUCAUGACCGUAGCUGUGCUGAUUCUCGGAAACGCCCAGAAUCUAGCUCAGCUGUCAAACAAUAAAAUCUGUUUCGUGGUUUGCAUGGUCAUCUGUAUGGUAGUUGGAAUGGUCUUUGGAAGCAUUCGCAGUCUACAACGUCUUGGGUGGUUGAGCAAUGCGGCUGUAUGGCUGAAUAUUGUUAGCUUUAUCCUCAUUAUGAUUGCGUGCUCCCACUUCGGAAUCGACUACCAGGCUGUCAUCUCAUCCACACGUAUCAAGAGCAUUGAAGCGAUCAAAACAUUUGCCGGCCCCCCUCUAGAUCAGUACCAGCAACAAGCUACUGGUUUUACGGGACAGUUUAACGGUGUUGACCAGCUUGUUUAUAGCUAUGGCGGUGCUAUCCUUUUCGUUGCCUUCUUGGCUGAAAUGCGACACCCUUGGGACUUUUGGAAGGGCCUGCUAGUUGCACAGAUAUUUAUCUGUCUUGUCUACAUUUUCUUCGGUGCUUUUAAGAAGGUAUACGGCCACUAUGGCCAAUACUCUAUCUCGAAUAUCAACAACGUCGUCCAACCUAAGGGUAUCCAACUUGCUGGCAAUAUCCUAAGCUUGGUAGUCAGUUUUAUAGCAUGCAUACUCUACUUCAACAUUGGCAUGAAAACAGUCUAUCAGGAAGUCUUUCAAGAAAUCCUCCACUUUCCUGUCAUCACCACGAAGAAGGGUCGCAUCCUCUGGCUUGUUCUGGGCUGUGCCUAUUGGAUCGUUGCCUUUCUUGUCGCAGCCGCCGUGCCCAACCUGAACGGCAUCUCUUCUCUAGUUGGUGCUCUUCUCAUUCUUAACUUCACCUACACCUUCCCUGCGUUUCUGUAUAUCGGGUUCCGAUGCCAGAUGGACGCCGCUCUACCCGGUGAAGGGUUUGACCCUACAACACGCACUACGACGCGCCACGACAAUGGCUGGAAACGCUGGGUAAGAGGGUUCAAAAAGAACUGGCAUAUUAAUAUCCUCAGCGUUCUGUACUUCUUGGCUGGGCUUGCGUGCUCGGGAAUGGGGUCAUGGGCGGCGAUUGAGGGCUUGAUUGAGAUAUUUGGGCCGGGAGGUACGGUUGCGACUUCAUUUGGGUGUGCAGCUCCAGUUUGA